AUGGAGAACGCAUCGUCAUCCACUUUCGGUGAUGCCAUUGCCCCUUCAAGUGAAAGCAUGUGUUUGGUAAUGAACACAUCUUGUGCUUGUCACUACGAAUAUCAGUUUUACGAAUUUCCUGAACGUAUACUGCUGGGGCUGGUUGCGUUACCCAUAAUCGUAUUUGGUUUCUGUGCAAAUCUCACUUCCGUACGUAUAUUCACUCAUCGUCUCAUGUCUUCUUCGUCAAUCAACUGGUACUUGGCCGUCCUGUCCGCAUCUGAUACCCUCAUUCUGGUUUCGGCAUUUUUUGUACUAUCGCUGCCUAGACUUGGUGAAUAUCUCACCUGGUGGCAGGCGAAUUAUGUCAGCUAUUCUGUUGCUCCGUAUAUGUAUGGUCUCAUGAUGAUGGCGCAAACUAUAAGCGUCUUCAUGACAGUUGGAGUCUCAGUGCAUCGUUACGUUGGGGUUUGUCAUCCUUAUAAGUCGGUAGAAUGGUUGCCGAAAAAGCGUGUCACUGCAUUUAUUAUCAGCCUUGUCGUUUUCGGCAUAUUAUUCAACACAACACGCUUUUUUGAGGUUCAUGUUUCAAACGUAUGUUAUCGAAUCAACAUCAAUCAUUAUAUGCCUGUAUUACAGCCGACCGAGCUACGACUCUCCGAUCUGUAUAGGAAUAUAUUUUUCGGAUGGGCUUACACCAUAGUAAUGUAUGUGCUGCCAUUUAGUUUAUUGAUCAUACUAAAUUCCUUAGUGCUGAGUGCAGUGCGACGUAGUCGAAGGAUGCAUAUGGUCAGCCAGUGCGGCAACGAAAAUGACGAGUUUUCCAAAAAGGCGGAACGUAAGGAGCGGCAAACCUCGAUUAUGCUCAUCGCCAUCGUGCUCUUGUUUAUUUCAUGCAAUACAUUGGCAUUUGUCUGCAAUAUCAUGGAGAAUUUGGACGAAGUUGGUCCCGUUUAUCAAAGUAUGGUGACAUUCAAUAAUUUGUUGGUUAUGGUGAAUGCGUCUUGUAACAUAUGCGUGUACAUGCUGUUCUCGGAGAAAUACCGCAUGUUAUUGCGUCACUUCAUCUUCUGCGAUUGGUCCAGACAAGGUGAAAUGCUGAUCAGCUCAGCGAUGGCGUAAUGUCAAGGAUGCACCUCUAUCACGGGUAGAUUUGACAGUAUGAGUGUUCAAUAAAUUAGUUUAUAUAUUCAAUGUUAAUUGAUGUGAAAUUUUUUGUGUUGCUUUACUCAAUACUUCAAAUGUGAUUUCCGUU